AGGAAAGACAGCGAGUCCACCACUCUCGCCUCCUCCAUUGCCAAAGUCGAUUCGGCGUCCUGAUCGCCCGAUCUCCUCUUCCCGUCUUCUUAGCCUUCCUCUUUCCUUCAUCUCUCUUCUCACUCUCCUCUCUGACACCAUCUCAUUGUUUGGCCAUCGCAGAAGCAUCCCGCAUUGCAGCACGUUCUUGCCACCACGUUCCGCAAGAAGUCGAAACAAUCGAUUAUAGAACACAAAAAACAAAAGAAAAUCAACCGCUGCAAUAAUUCGGUGGAUCUGGAAGGAUAAAUCCCCAUCCGGUACUCACCAACACUUAUAUCUCCGGAGUCUAUUGCAUACCACGUUCGCCGUUUGAACUGUCUUGCGGUCAGCCACCCUAUGUCAGGAACCAUGUAUGACGACCAAUAUUAUGCGGCCUCGCGUCGCCACUCUCUCGUCACUCCCCCACCCUCGAUGACGCCGCGACACACUCGUGGUCGCAGCCAGAGUGUCCGAGUGAGCAAUGGGACGGCUAGCACCAACACCAGCGUGUCCAGCGGCAAGAUGUCUGAGAACACCAACAUUACGCAGCCACCCGCCUAUUCGAAGAAGUUUGUCGUGGUGGGUGACGGGGGCUGUGGCAAAACAUGUCUGUUGAUCAGUUAUUCCCAAGGAUACUUUCCAGAGAAAUACGUCCCGACCGUCUUCGAAAACUACAUCACGCAGACCAUCCACCGCCCGUCCGGGAAAUCCGUCGAGUUAGCCCUCUGGGAUACUGCUGGCCAGGAAGAGUACGACCGACUGCGCCCGCUCUCCUACCCCGAGACGGACCUCCUGUUUGUGUGUUUUGCGAUCGAUUGCCCAGCUUCUUUGGAGAAUGUGAUGGAUAAGUGGUACCCGGAAGUCCUCCAUUUCUGCCCAACAACACCCAUCAUCCUCGUGGGGUUGAAGUGCGACCUGAGAGAUAAGCGGACGUGCAUCGAGCUCCUCAAGACCCAAGGCCUGACACCGGUGUCGCCAGAGCAGGGCCAGGCCGUCGCGCAGAGAAUGAACGCCUCUUACAUCGAGUGCAGCAGCAAGGAGAUGCGGGGCGUGCACGGGGUCUUCGACAUGGCCGUCGACACAGUCGUCUCCACGGAGGAGCAAGGCUGGGAAGACCACCGGCAGAGCUUCAGCGCCCACGGCACAACGACAGGUGGACGCAAGAUGGGCGGCGGCCGAUCGAAGAAGGUCAAGAAGCGCACCUGCAAGAUCCUGUGAUGUGGACCUUUUCUUUUUAUGAUGUUUUCGAUAUGACAUUGCCGACUCAACAGCCUGGAUGCUUUGACGGUAUACUAUUCCACGAUCCAGCGUGAACGUGGGGAUGACUUAAGUGACCAUUCACGUUUCCUUUCUGUUUCUGCUUUUGGGACGGCGGCUUUUUCUCUUCUUCUUGAUUUAUUCCCUCAAUUGCUUGUUCUUGUUAUACCUUCCCACGACUGUCUCCAUACACGACCCUUUCCUAAUCCGUUCCUGUUUCUGCUUGGUUUUGGCGAUCCACCCGUCCAUGCGCAAGCCGAUGAUGUAUGUCUGUUACGAACCAGCAAGCCUUUGCAUGCAUGGGAUGGGUGUUUCCUGGCGCAAUGAUCCCAUGUAAUGAGUACAAAAUGCCAUCAUGUUAUUUGAGUUCU